AUGAAAAAAGCCUGUACAUCAGAGACAUCCGAAGAACCACCACCUACCUUGGACCAAACUAGUUCAACAUGGCUUCCAGAGAACACCAACUGCCUGGCAUGUUCAGAGGACGGCAUGUACCUCUGUCUGGGCCACUCCAGGGGCCUGUCUGUGUGGUGUGCAUCAUCUCUGACCCGUGCUGCAGAGUGGCUACAAGACGGACUCGAGGUUAACUUUAUUCAGACGACCAGAAUGCUGGAGCUGACCUACCUGCUCGGUACUGUUGAUGAUAUGGGCGUUGCCAGACUGUUUUUACAUCACUCUGACGGCAUCCAUCUUCUCAGUGUUAUCAACCCCAUGGAAGAUAUCAACAAAAGAAGAAUUUGUUUGACACUUGACCUUAGUGAAGGGGGUCAUUAUGGAGCUGCAUCAUUCAGUUGUAAUGGUGAUGUCUGGCUCGAGGUCUAUCAGUUUCCUUCAGUGGCGUGGCUGGAAGAAUUAAGGAUGGCGGCAACACAAACACAGGACCCAAACUUAUCAGAAACUGUGGGUAUAACUUGGUCUUCAGUUGCAGUGAUGAUGAAAAUUGCACCUGAAAUUCCUGCAGGUAUUACAGGGAGAACUGUUAGAGACUUUCUGAUGCGCUAUUCGUUUGUGGACGUUGUUGCAAACACCAGCACUCAGAGGGAGAAAUCAGCUUUCAGUACGGAUCAAGGAAAAACAAAGCGGGGCACACAUCACUUUCUUCUGCCUUCUGAUGGAUUUCCUGGUGAAGCAGGAGUACCUGCAGCCGUCGCUGUGUGGUGGAGUGGUAGCCAUAACCUCCAUCAGUAUUCGCUGCAAGAAGCCCCCCAGAAAAAACAAGGCAGGCCUUUUUAUUUAUUUUAUUUAUUCAAGAGGAAAUAUAAUAAUACUUUUCUUUGGACCCUUUACUCUUUUGAAGCAGCUGUGGAUCCCAUCCCAGAUGUUUCGUGGCCAAAUGCAAAGGAAAUCCAGUGCUCGGCUGUCAGCAGAUGCACCCGUUACAUAGCUCUUGGACUCGAUGAUGCGUUGGUUUGUGUCUGGGACAGGCUAACCGGGGCUCCUCUCUCUGUUGUCCCAAUGCCAGCCCAAAGCAGCCCACUCUCCACCAUCCAGUUUUUCAAUCCCUGGCCUGUGUCUGCUCAGGAUUCUCAGAUUUUUGCUGCCGAGAUUCUCCAUCUUUUGGUGCUUUGUAAUGAUGGAGCUAAUUACACAGUUACGACAGGACGAGGGACGAAGCCCCGCACCGAGCAGCUGGCAGUGAGACCAAAAGACAGCAGGGAACUUCAGACUGUCACCACCUCAGUGCCGUUCCUGCAGGGUGUGUCAUUUGCGGUGCAAAGAAAUGGAAGAAUGUUCCUCCAAGACGUCCUCAAUAGAGUCAAUCUGUGCUUCUUGACACUUCCCACAUCCCAUCAAAUGACUUCUCCCUGCAGUCCUGUUUACGUGCUCAGCACCACACAGCAAUCCCUGUUCAUACGAGGGGAUUUGGGAACUGGCCUCCGCAGUUUUUCUCAAGAAAGCCCCCAGAGUCAGCUUUUUGUAUUCCGUUUAGGACAGGCUGACAUGCUUAAGCAGCAUAUAGUCUCGCAACCAGAGUCUCCACAGCGACCAAAGACACUGAGCAAUGCCACUCCGGAGGAAAUCUGCGACCUCUACCUUCAGCAAAGAGCGCUGGCGGUGGACGAAAGGAACAAAGCUAUAGCGCAGACGUGGGAGAAGCUACGGGGAGCUGCAGGGAUGCAGGACAAGGAAUAACGCAGUGGAGCAACAAAUGAGGCA